GGUGCAGUGCAGCUAGAAAAGGCGGCCACGCCCACUGUCGUCACCGAUGAAGAAGACAAACAAGGAAUCAGCUGUCAAAAAAGUAGCCCGUGUGAUAGAUCGCAUCGAAAGAGGUAUGAUUAGAGUGUGUGAAGUGCACUGAUUAUUCGUGAGGUCUGACUGAGCACACCUGCCAAGAUGCCUGCGGUGUCCACCGGUGCCAAGGACCUCUAUUUGAGCACCUCUCUCGGUGACCUCAAUAAAAAAACAGAGGUUAAGGUGGACAAGAUAAGCACAAAAAGCUAUGGUCAGAGUGCCUGCAAACUCUUCAAGGCGGCAGAAGAGAGUCGUCUGGACAGAGAUGAGGAGAGAGCUUAUGUGCUCUACAUGAAGUAUCUAACAGUCUAUAAGAUUGUCAAGGCCAGACCAGACUUCAAGCAGCAGGCGGACUACCUGACCAUGCUUGGGCCAAACAACGUUAAGAAAGCCAUAGAAGAAGCUGAAAAACUCGCAGAAAGCCUCAAACUCAGGUAUGAGGAAGUUGAAGUCCGAAAAAGACUGGAAGAGAAGGACAGACGAGAGGAGAAGAAAAAGGAGAAAGAAGUGGAGAUGAAGAAAGAUGAGAGUCAAAGCUCUCCUCAAUCCUCAGUAGCAGACACGGACAGCAGUAAGGUUAAAGGAGAGGUGAAGGAUUUGAAGAAUGAGUCUACUAAAACUGCGGUGGCGGCGGGUGGGAUCACGGCGGAGAAACUUUUCCACAUGAUGAAGGACCAAAUGAUAACUAUCGUUGUCAUGGAUGCUCGAAGCCAGAGAGACUUUGAUGAGUCUCACAUUCAGGUCCCAUCUCAGGCCUGCAUCAGCGUGCCUGAGGAGGCCAUCAGUCCAGGAAUCACUGUGAAUCAAAUCGAGGAAAAGCUCCCCAAUGAGUCCAAAGAACAAUGGAAACAGAGGGGAUCCGUGGAUUACUUAGUCCUGUUGGACUGGUUUAACUCUGUUACAGAUCUGACAAUAGGCAUGACAUUGCAGAACCUCAAAGAUGCCCUAUAUAAGUGGGACAGUAUGACCAUCUUGCGCAGUGAGCCACUCGUGCUGGAGGGAGGCUAUGAGAGCUGGCUGCUGUUUUACCCAAUGUACACAACCAAUGCAAAAGUCCGCUCGCCUCGACAGAACGUCAACAAUGUGAAUGCCUCCAUGUCGCAGUUAAACCUCAGUUACCCAUCCCUCAAGGAAAUAAAACCCCCAACCCCACCUCAGCCAGAACCUGAGAUUAGACCUGAGCCUGUAGAACCUUCUGCUCCCCCACUCACAAAUGGAGUUGCUCCCACUGAAGACCGCCCACCCACACCACCUGAGAGCACAGACAAAUUGGUAGACUCCGUCGACGCUCUUUUCUCUAAGAUGGAAUUGAGUGACAAAGGAUCAGUGCUAGACACAUCUGACCAUCCUUCCACACCCAAGGCCCUCCCACGGUUUGACCGUGCCAAGAAGCCACCGGUCCGCUUCUCAGACGAGCCUAAAGUGAGCCUGAAUGGACCAGACAAAGAAUCAGGCAAGAACAUGCCCUCCGUCCCCGACCGCGCAGCCAAACCAGCCUUCAUCCCUUCUUUGUCCGAAGAAGAACAAAGUCAGAUACACUCUGAGGUGGUGGCGUCCAUGGAGAAAGCCAGGCAAGAAAAGGAGAAACGCAUUCAAGGACGUCUGCUAGAAGAGGACAGGCGGAAGGAGGAGAUGAAAGAGAGGCUUGCAAAGGAGCAAAGUGAUAAGAAAAAGAAGGGCGACGAGGACAAAGGACAUCAGGACAAAAAAAGACUAGAGAGACAGAAGGCGAAGGAAGAGGAAGACAAAGAGGACCAUGGGCGCAAAGAGAAAAACAAUAAGGGGAAAGAGCAGAACUCUGAAGCCCCCUCCAAAAGUUCGUCUCUCGACUCGCCUGGUCCAAGUCUAAUCAUCAGUGAGGUCAAGAGGGAACCACUGACAAGAGCCAGAAGUGAGGAAAUGGGAAGGAGUGUGCCUGGUCUGCCAGUUGGUUGGAUGAAGUUCCUUGACACUGUGACUGGAACCUUUCGAUAUUACCAUUCCCCAACCAACCGCGUCCACCUUUACCCGCCUGAGGUGACAGUUCCGACGCCACCGGCAGCGGAGCCGAAACAGUCGCAACUAGCAGUGGCACCCUCCAACGCAAAGGAGGAGGAGGAGGAGCUGGAACAGUCUACGUUAAAACGCUCCUACUCUUCCCCAGACAUCAGCCAGGAUGUAAGAGAGGAGGCCCAGAAGAAGAGCGCUGCCCCAGUGCCUCCUGCUUCUAUACCCACCUUCAAUAGAGAAACCAAACCUCCCACUGUUAAAGUCCAUCCUAAAGUGGAGCUUACACGACCUUCAGCCGCCAAAAUCCGCAGCCUGAAUCCAACAUUUGGAGGCUUGGGUGCAAGUUUGACCGGCCUUCGUAAUCUUGGCAACACUUGCUACAUGAAUUCAAUCUUGCAGUGUCUGUGCAAUACACCUGCCAUGGCAGAGUACUUCAACAAUAAUUUCUACCUGGAUGAUAUCAACAGAUGCAACAUUCUCGGCCAUAAAGGGGAAGUGGCGGAGGAAUUUGGCGUGAUCGUGAAAGCGCUGUGGACCGGUCUGUACAGGUGCAUCAGUCCACGAGACUUUAAAAUCACCAUUGGAAAGAUCAAUGAUCAAUUUGCUGGCUUUGACCAGCAAGACUCCCAAGAGUUGCUGCUCUUUCUCAUGGACGGCCUCCAUGAGGACCUCAAUAAGGCGGACAACAGGAAGCGCUACAAAGAGGAGGAAAACGACCACCUGGACGAUCAGAUGGCGGCAGACCAGGCUUGGAACAAACACAAGCUGCUGAACGAGUCCAUCAUCGUGGCGCUCUUCCAGGGCCAGUUCAAGUCCACCGUGCAGUGUCAGACUUGCCACCGUAAGUCUCGGACCUUUGAGACGUUCAUGUACCUGUCGCUGCCUCUGGCCUCCACCAGCAAGUGCUCACUUCAGGAUUGUUUGAGGUUGUUCUCCAAGGAAGAGCGACUGACGGAUAACAACAAGGUUUUCUGCAGGCACUGCAAAGCUCACAGAGAUUCCACCAAGAAACUGGAGAUCUGGAAGGUCCCUCCAAUUCUCUUGGUUCACCUGAAGCGCUUCUCCUAUGAGGGUAGAUGGAAACAGAAGCUGCAGACUUCUGUAGAUUUCUCACUAGACACUCUGGACCUGACCCAAUAUGUCAUUGGACCGAAGCCGACCCUGAAGAGAUAUAACCUUUUUGGCGUGUCUAACCACUAUGGAGGUUUGGACGGUGGUCAUUACACUGCCUAUUGUAAGAACGCCGCAAAGCAGCGUUGGUACAAGUUUGACGAUCAUGAGGUUUCUGAAAUCUCCACUUCCUCCGUCAAAUCUUCUGCUGCCUACAUUUUGUUUUACUCUGCCCUGUGAUGGAGCUGCUGGACCUGAAGAACACCGUAGAAGGUUGUCAGUUUUCUCCCCCCCCCCCCCCCCCCCCUGCUUUCUUCUACAACGUGGCAGUUGCGGGUGUGUCCAUCUUUGAGCUGAUAGCUGAAGGAUGUGGCUCAAGAACAGUGCAGCGCAGCCAUGCCGUGCAUUGCUUCAGCCACUAGAGGACCCUAGAGCUGUGAAAACAUGCCGGCUUCUCAUAAUUCUGAUCAUCUAUUCGAGAGACUAUGAAAGAUGCCAGUUGGACGUCACGUUGCACCUAUGUCAUUGUAGGGCAGGUGGCUGUUUCGAUACUAUUGAUGCGGUUCAUGUGAAUGGCUGGAUCGCUCACAUGUGUAAACAGCAGGUUCACAUUUACAUAGCUUGUACGUAUUUAACAAAGCGGAUGUUGCACUUUUCUAAAUGUAAAUAUUCUACAACAUGUUAAGAUGUUGUCUGACCAGUUUUUGUUGUUGGUCAGACACGUUCGUUGCAUUAAGGUUUAUAGUUGGGAGUUUCUUGUAUUUAAUGUGAUCGUAAAAGGGGACCUAUCAUGCUCACCCUCAACAUUUCCCUCUCAAAUGUUGUACAGAAUCUCAUUUUAGGCUUUUGGAAGAGGAAAUCAAAAUGUGUGUCAGAAAAGUUCAAGGACUGGUUUCAAACACUUCAAAACCAAACAACAAUAGAUAUAAUCAUAAUUUAAAAAAAAAAAAAAAGGGGGUUUGUAUGCACUCCCCACAUUCCAAAAACCUGCAUGGUUAGUAAACUCCGUGACUGUGUGUGCGAAUGGUUGUUUGUCGAGGUGUGCCCUGCGAUUUGCUAGCAACCUGUUCAAGGCGUACCCCGCCAGUCAGCUGGGAUAGCACACCCUCACGCCGUGACUCUUGUGAGGAUAAGUUCAAAUGAUGAAUGGAUGUAUUCUAACCAGCAGUUGUACACAAGUAGCACGACCUGGAAAUCCAGACUUAUCGGCCACCGAUUGAGUUUGAUCAGUAAUUGCAUCAAAUGCAUUUCUGAGGCGGGGCAAACUGCGGGAUUAACCAUGCCCAUGCGUCUAGUGGGAGUCGUGGGAAGCAAGGCCAACAAAAAUUAAAUUUAAAAAAAAGUCUACACACUCCUGCUCAUGGAUGAUUUCAAAUCUUUUUCACAAAUAUGAUCUAUUACCUUUGCAACGCUAUUUGUAAAAGUAGAAAGGGAAAUAAUGUGGUUGCCCAAAAGUAUGCCUCUGUCAGUUCCUUGCCAAGACCCGCAUGCUGGUUCCAACUCUUUGUGUUUUUUGAUUACUUUUGUGGAGCUCUUGUGUGAAACGUAGAAGAAAUGAUGGAGCUCACUGACAAGGGCAAAACGCGCGGUUUAAAAUACAUCUACAGUACAAUAUUGUGACACCAGUCCUGGAAUCUUUCUGACAACUCCUUGAGCUUAAAAACAAAUUCCCCUGCAAUGAACUGAUGGGUAUAAAUAAUGUUCCAGUGCAAAUAAAUAGGGAUAAUUUCUCAACUGUGAAUCAUGCAAACGUAAACGGAUAGCCUCCCAGAAUAGUUGCUGAUUUGCAUAAUAGGUCCUCUUUAAUGCGAUGGGAAUGACUGAGUAAUGACACUUAUUAAAGGAUAGGUGGGAACUGUGAUGGUUGCUUGUUCAUGUUAAUCAUGUUGUUGAACUGUAUGCAAUCGCAAGGAUGCGGAACGCAUAGCUUACCCAUUAAUACUCAAUGCCAAAGGCUUUAAAUAUUAGACAUCUCUUUUGACUGAUCCGGCCUUGUCAAGCCCUAUAACGUUAGUGUGAGAGCUAUACAAUAUAACUGUCUGCAUUAUAACAUGCAUUUAGAAGAAACAUUAAAGGUAUUUUUGCCCCUGGGUGAUUUUUAAAA